AUGUCUUUCCCGGAGUCCAACAAGUUCUCCCACGCCAAACACCCCAAAUACUUUAGAAUGGACAACCCUCCCCAGAUCCCCGCACAAGACCCCGAAGCACGCGAGCAGCGCAAACAGUCCGAAUUGGCCGAUUUCAACCACGAGCAAACGCAAAGACCCAGCUCCAUGGCAUCCGGCAGCUCGGUUGCGGACUUUGGAAAUUCGGUUUCGUCCCUUGCGCAGGAGAGCGCAGGGGUCGUUAAGGAGACUGUUGUCGAGGGAGUUCCGAAGGCAUUGCAUGCUGUUCAGGAAGGAAUCUCUGCGAUUGCGGGCGGGGCGAAGGAGGUUGAGGAGACGGUAUCUGACAAUUUGAGUGCCGAGUCGCAGGCCGAAUUCGAGCAUAUUGACAACAUGUCCAACGAGCGAGUGUGUGAUUUCCUACGUCAGAAACACAUGAGCAACACGCAUCCACGAUCCACGAACUAG